AUGUACUCAAAGAGUCACCUGGUCAAGAGUUCGACAGCUUGUUCUGGUCGCUGGUCUGAGUUCAGCGGUCGCUGUUUCCACUACGUUCCAAAACCCAUGACUUGGGCCAAAGCUGAGAAAAACUGUGAGUCCAUGGGUGGAAACCUUGCGUCCGUUCACAACCUGCUGGAGUACCAUGAGAUUCAGAGGCUGAUCAUGAGCGCAAGUUAUGAUUACACAGUAACGUGGAUUGGAGGCUCGGAUGCACAAGAGGAGGGUGUGUGGUUGUGGAGUGAUGGUACACCCUUCAACUAUCGGUCUUAUGGAAGGUUUAAUAACUUUCAGGGCAAGCAGCACUGUCUACAGAUAAAUUAUGGAGGUAAAUCACAGCGUACUGAUUUCAUUUAGAGCAUUAUGUAUGAG